AUGCCCGUUCUAUUUGGCUUUCUCCUGUUGUCCCUUCUGCUAUUCGAUUUUUACGACACACUAAAGUUAAGAAGCAGCGCGGAUCGUAUCAUCCACGUGUCUGAAAAGGGGAGCUAUUUGCCAACCCCAUGGUCAUUGAGCCAUAGUUCAAAUGCAAGGCAUCUCUUUAUUCAUAACAAAAAUGGGUUCGAAGGGAGACUCAGAUGUGACAGGAAUAACCCAAGUGUGAAGAGGAGGAAGGAGGAAUUAUUCCUCAGUAGAGAUGAACCGGGUUUUGUAAAAAAUGAAAUGAAAAUAGAAACAUUUAAGAGUCCAAGUGGAAACGAAUUUUUGUGCACCAAACUGAUGAUGAACAAUAAAGAGAAGAGGUUCAUCGUAGACCUGUGUAGCGAUAACAGUUUUUUAUUUUUUCGAGGGGACGACUUCCUCUUUAAAAAUGACAGCAGCAAUGGUGGGGACUCGUUUGAACGGGACAAGGGACCACCUCAUCUCUGGUUUGGGCAAGAGGACGUGCAAAAUGUACACGAAGAGCUUUACCUGAACAAUACCAAAGUAGAGGUAGAGAAAGUGGUGAAGGCAAAGGGAGGUAGGGACAAGAAACUUUUUCAAUUUUACUUAAUGCAAGACAAAGAGCUAGAUAAAAAUUUGGAUGGCAUAAUUGGCUUUGACUUCUUUUCCCAUUUUAAUACCUUCCUGUUUGAUUCUGUUAAUAUGAAAAUAGAAUUAGGUGGGGAAGACGCUUCGAAUAUAAUGCAGCAGUGGGCAAGCACCCCAGAUGGACACUGCCACAAGGUAAAGGUGCACAACUAUAGUGACCACAUAAAGUAUUUUAGUAUAGAUGUGAAUAAUAAGCUGUAUAAGGGUUUGUUAGACUCGGGUACUUCAAAGACGCUCGUUAUUAACAGUGACGUGAAGUUAGAGAGGGAGGACCAAGGUGCUAACGGCGUGGCGGUUGAGAAUAUACUAAACCAGAGGUUCACGGUGAGUAAGUUAAAAAAUAUUAAUCGAUUUACUAUCCUCACAAAGGACAGCCAAGUACGGAUGCCUCUUCAAAUGAACGAAAUGUAUGUAAGUGAAAAUGUGUUUCCUUAUUUGGACUCCAAUGUGGUUUUGCUAGGUUUAGACUUUUUGCUGAACCGCAAGCUUCUCUUCGAUUUGAAAAAUGGCACGCUCUACAUGUACUGUGAAGCGACUGGGUGUUCACCUGACACGGUCAUGGGUGAGGGCAACUCACCUCACGCGGUCAGUGGGGACAUAAAAAACAACCCCGUCAUCAUUGAUCAAGUGAAGGUGGAACAAAAGUGCGCCGAGAUAUACGAGAAGCUGAAAAGUAAAGAGUUGAGCUUCCUCAAUAUAACAAAGGAGUUAGAAAAGGACCAGGUAGAUAUGCAAGAUUGUAAAAGUACUAACGAUGUGAUUAAGAAAUAUGCUACAAAGAUUCUUUAUGGGGCGGAACAACUACCCAGGAGGGAAUCAAGUCGAAAGGAUGAUCCUGAGUUUGAGCAAAGGUACAAUGAGAUGACUAACUUUUUUAAAAAAUUGUCCCCAGAGGAGAAACAGAACAUGUUAAAUAAGAUGGUGCACGCUUUGCGAAGCGAUUAUAGAGGGGACGGUGAGUGGGGAGGGGGCUCUUCAACUGCAGGAGCUGAUCCAACGAAUGAGCAGCAGUACCCCCCUCGUGAUAAUCACCAGUAUGAACGGGCAUCUGAAAUAUUAGAAAAGUACGUAGUGCACGAAAUGGAGAAGAAGCAAUAUUCUUUGCACCGAUUCAAAUCUUGUAACGCAAAUCGAAGGAAUGAAAAAGCAGUGGAAGAAGAGUUCAACCAUUUGAGUGCCCUUUAUAAUGCCCACCCAGAAUUUAGCUUUGAAAUAUUAAACGACUUUAAGAGGGAGUUGUCUGGAAGACGCAUCAAUGUGCACACAUUACAAAGUGAAAGGGAUAUAAUUCGAAAAGUGGCAGAGACACGGGUGUAUAACCAGAAUGGAAAUUUGAACAAGGAGGGGAGAAAUAGAAAGAGGAAAAAUAUUAUAGUAAGGAGAUUCUCAAAUGAUGAUAAUAAUAUACACACACAAAUUAUAAUUAGACGUAAUGGAUUGGAUCCGAGUGAUGACGACAAUGAAGAUGGAGCAGAGGAAGGGAAGGACGGAAAGUAUAACCAGUAUGGCAACCUGGAUAGGAUGGAAGAUCUUUUCCCUAACUCGUUAUUUUCAGGAAUUUUUAAAAAUUUCUUUGGGGACAACAACAGAAGUGAGCACUACCGUAGUGGGGGAGGAGAGGACAGCGAUGAAGGGGGAGGAUAUGAUGGAGAAGAAGAUCACCAGGAUGGAGGAGACUUACUCUCUGAAUUGAAUAACUUCUUUGGUUUUGGUAACAUGGGGGAGAACUUUUUUAGAAAAAAGAAAAAAAGCGUCAUAGGAUUCAAAACGAAGGACCCUACCAACAUGGGUACUGGUGCGGAAGGAGACGAUAAGAAGAGGGGGAACGGCACCUCGGACGACACAUCGAGCAAUAUUUCGAAUGACAUUUCGAAUGCCAUAAAGGAGGAAAAGGACACUGAUAUUAUUUACUUGCUCCACAAGGUGCAGAAGCUUAAUGACGCUAAUUUGAAAAGCUUCAUUCUGCAGUCGCUCAAGAAUGACAACGUCAGGAGGAUCCUCGUCGACGCGCUCAAGAAGGGCUACCAGAGCGCCCACGACGAGUGCCGCACGCAGGGCGACAACAAGGGCAUGUACCUCCUCCAAAUGUUGAAACAAACGGGCAUCUUCUGA